AUGUCUUUUCACGACAGUAACAUGUCGCCAUCUUCGACGUUUUCAAUGGACGACGACGACAACGUCAGUGUGAAAAUCGAGAACAAAGACCUAACCGACUCCGAUGAAGAAGGCAAAGAAAACCGCGAGAAACACACUGAAAUUCAGGAGCAGGUCUACCAGGACAAAUUGGCCGGCAUCCAAAAGCAACUACAGCAGUUGCGCGAUGGGACGCACGGUGAAUAUGUAAAGCAAUUGAAAAAAUUGGACGCACAGCACAAAAAUGAACUAAUGAUGAACAAUUUGUGGCGAGACUGUUUGUUUGAUGCUAUCGAAAGGGAGUUUAAUAGAGAACGGCGUCUAGCUCACAAAGAGUUUGAAGAUCGUAAUGCUGAACUCACUGAGAAUUUGAUAUCAGAAUUAAAUGAAAGGAAAAAAGCUAUAGAAAAUGACAGUUUGAGCUCGGAACUUUCUCCUGACUCGUCAGAUCAAAAGCCUGCUAUGACAAGGAAACUGAGAAGAAGACCAAAUGACCCUGUGGUGCCAGCUCCCCAAGAAAAACGUCGCAAGCCCCCACCUGUAUCAAAUAUCUAUUAUUUGUUGCAGGAUCAUGAAAUUGAACAGGAUGUGAAACUUAUUCAAAACUCAUUGGCUUCAUUAGCGUCUACUUCUACCACAACAACCCCUACAGUCAAAACACGUGAUACAGUAAAUUCUUCAUCCAUUAGGAAACCAGGAUGUCUUCCAAGUACUAGUUCAUCGACUGCAGGUAACAUGAGUCCUAAAAAGAAUUCAGACACUGAAGGAUCGUCAGCUAUACCAGAUACGCGAAUCGAAGAUGGAAAACUGCUGUUUGAAAAGAGAUGGUAUCAUCGAGGACAACCUGUUUUUGUCGAAGGAAGGCAAAUGGCAAAAUUCCCAGCUGUUAUAUCUGCCAUUGGCAACGAAACUAUUUGGGUUAAGAAAACGUCAGACAACAGUAAAUUUCGCAUCAACUUGUCUUACCUAUCAAAAGGUAAAAUGUCUAUCAAACGUCGAGCUGCUGUUUAA